AUGCGGGUGUUGGAGUCAUGCGCUGGAGUCGCGCCACCAGCGCGAUUCGUCUCCGAAGCGCCGCAGCUCCCCGUGGUACCUGCGCGGCGUUACUCGCUUGGCGGACAGCCGUCGCUCUUCGUCGCGACGCGUCGGGUCCAACUCUGCGCUUUCGCCACGUCGGCCGGCCACGUGCCACGUGGAUCCGUCUCGCUGCAGCCGCUGCUAAAGAAUCGUGGGAGCCGCAGAGUCUUCGUUAGACGCGUCGCCGCCAGGAGUAACGGCGUGAUUGUUGCCGCGUCCGCCGCCGCAGGUGGUGGCGCAGAUGGGAGGGGCGAGACAACGGGGGAUGCGGGGGACAGCGGAGGUGACGCGGCUGGCAUGGAGGGCGCGGAGACGGGGGAUGCGCGGAGAAUUGCGGAGGAGGGCGGAGAGCGGAUGGCAGGGGACGGGGGGGAGAUGAGGGUCGGGGGAGAAGGAGCGGAUGUGACGGAGGAAGCAGGGGAGGAUAUUUCGGGUGGUUUUUUCGGUGGCGGUUUUGGAAUGCAUCUGCCAUGGGAUGCACCACCCGGCACAGGAGACCCCUCCACGCCCUCGCCCUUCCAGUUCCCCUCACCCUUCCCUCCUCAAGCCUCUUCAGAGUUCCUGGACCAGCUCCCUGCACAAGACAGGGCGCUUCUCUUCCCCUCCUCUCCGUCCCCUCCCUCCUCCUCCGCCUCCUCCUCCUCCUCUCUUUUCUCCGCCAGUUUCUCCUCUCCUUUCGCUUCGUAUAACCAAUCCUACUAUCAAGAUGACGAUUCUGCCGAGCCUCUGCCGGACCUGGUGGCGAGGCUCGGGCUGGAUCACCCGAGCCACGAGCACGCCUCCGAUCCAGAGCUAGAGCACAUUCUAUCAACCCUCUGCUUGAUGGUAGAGGACCAGUCAUGCUGGCCCUCUCUUAUCGACCACCAAGCCGUGCCCCGAAUGGCUGCGUUUCUCGCAGCGAUCGACGCUGGCAACGGCACGGCUCCCCGGCACUCCCUCCGCCGCCUCCGCUCCUCCCUCCUCUCCCUCGCUCCCGACCCGUUCUUCCGUUCCUGCCUCCUCGAAAACGACCUGUGUCUGGUCCCGCUGGUGGGAGCUGAUGUGUAUCGGUCUCUGGCUAGCGAAGGGGAGACGGUGAAGGUUACUCGGGUGCCGCCGUCGCUACCGCCCCGGCUUGCUGCUACUGCUGGGGAGGUGCUGAAGGGAGCGCCUGUGGAGAGUACUUUUGGUGCUGGGAAGCUGUUAUUGGGGUUGGCGUUGGGCGGGAAUGGUGGAGGGUCGGGGGAGGGGGGAGAAGGAAAGAGAGGUGGGGUGGGGCUGGGUGAGGGGGAGUUGGAUGAGGAGGCGAUUAGGGAGCUGGAGGGACGCACGAGGCAGCAGUUCCUGGCUCGUAUUGGACUGCUGGAGAAGGAGAAGAAGAAAAAUGCAGAGGAAAAGGACAAGGACGAGAAGGAGAAGGAUGGAAGGGAGAAUGCUAAGGCGGAAAGGGAGAAGGAGGAGGAGGAGAAAAGGGAGGAACAGGCAGAGGAAGAGCCAGCCUGGUCGAGCAAGAGCUACACGCUCAUGUCCCGGUGGGACGGCGUGGCGCGUCUCGUUCUCCUCAUGACUCUCGAGAACGAGCAGGUGGCAGCGCGUGCGCUGGCAGCAGCAGCAGAGCUGGCGAGAGCGGGCGAGGGCAACAGGCGCGCGUUGAGGGAUGCGGGAGCCGUGGUGCACGCGGUGCGGUGGAUGGGCGCCGGCGGUGCCGCUGUCAGGGCUGCUGCUGUUGCCACUGUUGAGAGGCUGAGUGUCAGUGCAAGUGUGCGCCUGUCUAUCAUCCGCAGUGGGGGGGUAGGCGCGCUAGUAGCGCUGCUGGCAGCACAGGGGGACGACAGGGACGUGCGGGACAAGGUGGUCUCCGCUCUCCUGUGCAUGGUGUCAGAUGAAGAAGCAGCUGCCAAAAUGGCAUCCGCCAUACCAUCGUUCAUAACUCUGUUAAGGGAGGAGGACGCACAGACUAGCGGAGAGGGCGUAAAGGCGGGAGAAGCAGCUACAGUAGCAACACCACCACCACCACCACCACCACAAACAGCAGCAGCAGCAGCAGCCAGCGACCCAGCAGCGAGAGCAGACGGGAGGGCAGCAGCAGAGUCCCUCCUCCUCCAAAUCUCCUCCCUGGUGGGCACGCCGUGUGAGAGCAUUGUGGCAGCAGGGGGCGUGCCUCCCCUGGUCGCCCUCCUCGCCACUGGGUCCCUCAGAGAGCGCGCUAUUGCCGCGGAGAUCCUGGGCAAUGUGAUUGCGGACCGACCCGCACAGGGUUGGGGUGGCGCUGCUGCUGCUGCUGAUGCGGAUGUUGAUGAUGGUGCUGGUGCUGCUGGGAGUGGUGGUGGUGGGGGAGGGGAAGCGCAUGUGGUUGCGCUGAUGGCGGCUGGAGUGGUGGCUGCUUUAGAGAGUGUGCUGCUGCUGGCAGAACCGAAAGGUGUGUGGGGUGGUAGUGUGGACCCAGACCCCAUCCGAGCACUAUCCUCUGCGUCCGCCUCCUCUCCUCUCUCAGCAGAGGCGGAAGCCGACCUCUGGGCAGCACAGGCAGCAGCAGCUCUCCUCGCUCGCCGCCUCGCCUCCACAGCAGGGGGCUCAGCCCGGGCCGUGCUGGCAGAUUCUCGCCUUGUGGACUGCCUCAAAACCGUUCUCCAGUCCUCUGCACCGCUCCAGGUGAAAGAUAAGGUGUCCGAGGCUCUAUUGGUGAUUACUGACGUUGCUGCUGAUGCCGAAGUUGCGGUUACCACCUUUGAUUUGAUUCCGCACCUGGUGGAAGACCUGGGGGGGGGAGGAGAGGGUGGAGGGCAAGGGGAGGGAGGAGGAGGAGCGUGGGGAGGGGAGGAAGAGGAGGGAGAGGUGGGAGAGGAGGUGUGGAGCGGGAUGGAGAUCCAUCCAACGCUGCUUCCUCUCCCGGGUGGUGCUCUCUCCCCGCCACCACCGCCGCCGCUGCUUCGAUCCAGUGCCUUGCUACCACAGGCAGAGAGGAGGGAGAGAGCGGCAGUGCGGUUACUUGACCUAGCCCUUACGGGUAACCCCGGGUAUCUCCAGGCUAUGGCACGGGCAGGUGCAAUCUUCCCUUUGGUGGAGAUUCUACGGCAGAAACCCAGUGUCAGCAACAGCAGCAGCAGCAGCAGCAGCAGGGGGGACAGGAUGGGGAGGCCGUCAGUGGCGUGUCAGCGUGCUGCGCUGGGAGUGCUGUAUGCGCUGGGGAGCAACGAGGAGAAUCAUGCGGUGAUGGUGGGAGCAGGGAUAGAGGAGGUGCUGGAGGGGAUUGUGAGGCGAGGGGAGGAGGGCGGGCGGUUUGGGGAUGGCCGGUGGAUGCUGGCCCUGUACCUGCUGCAGGGGCUGCGGGUGUGA